UGCACAAGAAAGGAAGAGAGGGAACAAGGCCAAACAGACAUAAAUGUUGGUGCAGCAAAACUUUAAACACAUUUGUUUUUCAUUUCUCUUUUCUCAGUUGUGUUUUAUUUCUGCUUUUUGUGAUAAGAGCUUUAGUCAGUCCGACCGCUUACUUUAAAGGAAAACACCAUUAAAGUGCUGAUUCCUGUUUCACCACCAAUGUGUUGAUGUCUGCCAGCAUGAAGUCUGAUGUUGCAUAUGAAAAGAUGGCUGAUGUGGAGUCAAGUCUUCUGAAGCCUCACAAGUAUUCCAGGUGUAUUCUCGUCAUCACCUCUCUCAUAGCUGUGGUGCUUUUGCUGUUUAGCCUCCAAACCUUUCUUAUUCCCUCGAUCAUAACAUCUGGCCUAAAUAAAAAUCCUCCCAUCAUGCAGACCUGCACUGACACCUGCAGAUUGGUCCUGUUGGAGAGUAUCCCAGUAGGAAUGGAAUUCAACUCUUCUGUUGGUCAUCCAUCCAUCUAUCAGGCAUGGCGAAGCCUCUUGUCAGAGGCACAGAGCAGUCUGGACAUUGCCUCCUUCUACUGGACGCUCACUAACGAGGACACAAAGACACAAGAGCCUACUGCCAAUCAGGGUGAGGAAAUUCUCCAGGAACUUGUACAGAUUUCUGGGAAAAUCUCUGUGCGCAUUGCUGUGAACACUCCUACAGACAAACAGCCACAUCAUGAUAUCCAGCAGCUCAUUAAUGCAGGUGCUAAUGUGAGGGAUGUAAACUUGAGAGAUUUAACAUCCGGGGUGCUGCACACGAAGUUCUGGGUGGUCGACAAAAAGCACGUUUACAUUGGUAGUGCCAACAUGGACUGGAGAUCGUUAACUCAGGUGAAGGAGCUCGGUGCUGUAAUAUAUGACUGUAAGUGCCUUGCUGAAGACCUCGAGAAAAUAUUUGAAGCCUAUUGGUUCCUUGGUGACAGCAAGAUAAUACCAUCUCCCUGGCCCAGCCAAUACACUACAGCCUAUAACAAAGACACACCGAUGCAGCUGGCAAUCAAUGGGACAGACUCUGGUGUUUACCUGUCGAGUUCUCCCCCGUCGUUGUGUGCUGAGGGAAGAACUUCAGAUCUUCAGGCAAUUUUAAGCGUCAUUAGUGACGCACAGCAAUUUGUUUGCAUUGCCGUGAUGAACUACCUGCCCACUAUGGAGUUCACAUCUUUUAAAAGAUACUGGGCGGAUAUUGACACUGAGCUGAGGCGUGUGGCAUUCGAGAGAAAGAUUCAUGUGCGUUUGCUGAUCAGCUGCUGGGAUAGCACCUCUCCGUUAAUGUUUCCAUUUUUACGCUCGCUUGCAUCUGUGCAGGAUUCAAAGAGUAAUUUGGAUAUUCAGGUGAAAAUCUUCAUUGUUCCUAGCAGUGCGAGUCAAAAGAAAAUCCCCUUUGCUCGAGUGAACCAUAACAAGUACAUGGUGACAGACAGAAUUGCUUAUAUAGGAACGUCCAACUGGUCUGGUGAUUACUUUGUGAACACAGCGGGCUCAGCGUUAGUGGUGAAUCAGACUACAACUUCUUCCUCAGAAUCCACAGUGAGAGAACAGCUGCAGGCUGUGUUUGAAAGAGACUGGGAUUCUUCCUACAGCACUCCACUCAACCAGGACAGCAACCUGGAACAGAUAUGUGCAAUGUAACACUGAACCAGCAGGCCUUGUGUUUCAGUGUCACCUUGAAAGAGUAGUUGUACAGGGAAACUCACUCAACCCCUGUAGCUGGAACAAUGUUGUUAAAGUGUAAUGAUUUCCUCUCAGAUUUGCACAGUUCUUUCAGUUACUUUGGUUUACACUAAAGUCAAAUCGCAAGUAUGUAUGUACCAUAGUUAAACACAAACACUGAUAAAGAAAGAAAAAAAAUGUCAAUUAGAUGGCAGCAGGUUGCAUUUUGGUUUAUUCAUUAUAAUGAAUUCUGCAGUGAUAUCGACUUGAUUCCCAGUUUAUCAAACCAAAUUCAUGAUCAGGAAAGAUAAUAAAGACAAGUGUUAAAAGAAAAAAACAAAACAGAUUGGAAUACAAGCACAUGUUUUCAGUCCAGUGCACAAUUGACUGUUUUCUCCUUGCACUACAUAAAACAUAACACAUAAUGAACAUAACAGAGUAAACUUUAAUAAGAAAUUCAUCUUUACUUGUCGAAUAGGAAAUUUUGUCAUUUCUUUUUUUUUUUUUUUUUUUUUUUUUUUUACAGAUGGCAUUAGAAUCCAAUUGCACUUUCACAAAGCAAUAGUUUAGUCAAAAAUAAAACUUUGCUUGUUUCUCCUUGCUCUAAAUGUUUCCAGUCAGUCCAGAUGUUUGGUAUCCAGGUUCCUAAAUUUCUAUUUAUCACUGACUACAAAGCAGUAAUAUAUGUUAAAAAUGUUUUUGAUGAUAAAUAUUUGCCAGAGCUUUUGUUGCUGCAGUAAAAUCCUUAACAAUCAAACUUAAAACUUAGUCUAACUAAUUGCUCUUACAGCCACAGGAACAGUCUGUUUUAUUUUAUUUUAUUUAACCCCUCUACCUCUGCAUUUGUUUUAUUAAUAUUUAAAUAGAACAUUUUAAUGAAACUGGAGCAAAUGUUAUAUUCUCAGGUAACUUUAUGGCUGGUCAAUGAUGCCCAGAAUUCUCAGAAGUAUUCUGUUUUCAGCAUUUAGCCUUAAAUUCAUUACUUGAAAUGCAUUAUCAUUGGUACCCAUUGUGCUUUUGUGUUUUGUUUGCUGUUUGAUUUUCAUUAAUUAAUGUAGGUUUGAUCCCAAAUAACCUCGAAGAAUCGAUGCUUCGAUAGGAGAGUCUGAUUCGACUACCAAUGUCACAGUCAAAUUUUCACAGCGGUGCUAUAUGAGGAUUGUGCCAUUUUGAUUAUUUGGGGGUGCUCAAAUGUCUGAUUUCAUACCUGUUUUCUAGCAUUAAGUUGAUGUACCGCCCAUUGUGAUAAUGUUAUAAAUAAAAAAAGUGAAAAGAAAGAAGCUUUCAAUAAA